AUGCUCUGGCUACUAUUUGAGCUUCGGAUGGAAUUUCAACCAGUUGCAAUUCGACUUGAAUGGCCAACACCAAAAAUAUCAGGAAUUUCAUGUUUGUUUCAACGAUUUUUCUUGCAUUUUUAUACCAUUUGAAAACCAAUAAAAUUAAUUUUUAAUUUAUGAGAAAUGCUAUGCAAAAAUCGAUAAAAACGAGGGGAAAUCUACAUUUUCAAAUUAUAUUUCUGUUUUGUGAAUUCAUAGGAUUUGGAUUGCUCAGGUUAAGGUUUUUGUGACAUUUCCUAUGGUUCUAAACAUAAAAAAAGCUUUAAAAGAAAUCGAAAAAAAGAAGAAAAUGAGAAAAAACAACGACACUCCGCCAUGUUGCAGGCGUCCCCGCAGUUUAGCAGGAAUUUAUUUUUUUUUCUAUUUUUUCACCUAAAAAUGGUUUUGAAAGCAUUUAUUCACUUGAUCGUCACAAAUAGUGAAUCCCAAGAUGAUCGAGAUUAGAAGAACAAUGAGAAGUUUCAUAGUUGAUGAUAUUUUGAGGAAGUUGGGCUUAUGCUUAUAUACAGGAAAUUUGAUUGAUUUGAUUAUUCGAUUUUGUGUGGGAAGACGAUUUUAAAUUGACACAGAUCCUUCCUUCUCAUGUGUGGGAUGACAAAAUUCAAUUCCUCUUCCCACACAAAAUCAAAUCAAUCAAGUUUCCUGUAUAUAAGCAUAAGCCCAACUCCCUCAAAAUAUCAUCAACCAUGAAAAUUCUCAGUGUUCUUCUCAUCUCAAUCAUCAUCCGAUUCACGACAUGCGAAUAUCAAUGCGAAAAAAUCGGGAAAAAGUUCGAAUCUGACAUGCGAACAUUGCUUGUUGCCAAAGAUUUUGUUGAAUAAAAAACAAUUUAUGGAAAAAUUGAGGAAGGGUGAGAUCAAGAUGUUCGAAUUGCCAGAAGAUGAAAAUAAAAUGAUGAAAUGCGAUAUGAGACUUUUAGCUUACCGCGACGUGGAUGGAAAACUGAGAUACAGAUAUAAUUUAUCAGAAAAUCAAAAGGUGAAAGCUGGUUCUCAAAUGGAUUCUCUUGAACAAUCUGUACUCAAUUAA